AUGAAUUCAACAGGAAUUUCCUAUGACAACCUGUUCUAUCGGCCGGAGGACGGUGAAGCUUACCGACUUCAAGUAUACAGCGCCACUCCUAUCCAGCCAGAGAAGCUCGAUAGGUUGUACCGAUAUCAGUGUGAAUAUUACGACAGAUCAGAGCUAAAUGAGAGGGAUAUAUUCGAUAUAUAUUAUGGGCAAAUUGAUUAUGGACUCUAUGAACCACUCCGGCCCCCAUCGCCCGAGAAGACUCCGACCUUGCAACAUAUCCAGGAGGUUUUAGAGCAGCAAACGGUAGACGUUCAAUCUAUGGACUCGAAGUACUUCGCCUUACACGAGGACCUGGAAAUAAUCCUGUCACAGUCACAAAUUCUUCGGUUCCGAAUUCCUGGUACCUCCUCGUCUUCCCUUAUAUCCGCUGCACCUAACGGAUUCGAUGUUGGUGCCUCCUAUGAAUUUGAGGUGUGCUAUUCUACAUCCAGUGGACCGACCCUCGAUAAUACAUUGAACCGCAGAGUACCGAUACAGUCAUUGAGACUCUGCGGAGUGCUGGUAUUCAAGAAGCUACAAGAAGGCUUGCAAUGCUAUCUAUCGGUGGAGGAGAAAAUCCAGAUUUGUCGGAAGCUCACGCGAGCAUAG